ACUAAAUGAAUCAAACCAAUUAUUUGCUUUUACUACCGUCGAUAUGUCGAGCGGAGAUGAUGCGCUGGCCAAGCUUCGUGCGCGUAUGGCGCAGCCACCCAAGGACUGGGUCGACGUGGUGAUGGUGGCGGUGCUCAAAGACCCAAUGUUCUACGGUGUCUUGGGUCUCAGCAUCUUCCUGGUGCUCGCAAUCAUUGCGCUAUUCGCCACCAAAGUGCUGCUGGAUCAGAUCGCGGCCGAGGACAAGCUGAAAGAACGACAAAAGAGCAAGAAACAGCAGUAGAAACGUACUGUGAACUACCUAAAACUCUAAAGCCUACCGACCAAAUCAUUCUAUGAACGCUCAGCUCAGCUGAGAGAAGAGACCUGCUGAUCUUUGUCUAUGGCUCUACAGCGAGGGAAACACCACUACGGGGAAGUGCGGGUGGAUCGAGAAGUCGAACUCCAUCUGAUUCUUCGAGUCCUUCGAGGCUGUUGUCUUCUUUGACUUGCCUCCUGCGUUCUGGCUGC